AGUUGAGCUUUUGCGGAGCAAAGUUGUGAUGGAGCCCGGCUUCGAAAGGUACCCACCGUGGCAAACGGGCGACGUUAUCCUCGAUAGCGUCGCCGAAGAGUCCCUCGCCGAGCUGAGAAGACUAUUGGAAGGUGAACCGGUCGUCAAUGCCCCCACUAACUCGACCGACUUGCUGCGCUUCCUGCGGUUUUGCAAAUACGACGCCCGUGAGGCUCUGGUCGUUCUCAAGAGAUACUGCGGACUCAGGACCUCCGCACCGAAGCUCUUCGAAGGACUCAAGGAACCUGAAAAACUGCGAGAAGUAGCCCAAGAUAUCUUCACGAUACUGCCGCAAAGGAACAUGCACGGCAGGCCAAUUAUGUUCAGUAGAUUUGGAAAAUGGAACCCACCCGAGAUGAGCUGCCUGCAGCUAUACCAAGCGAUGAUAUUCUGCCUCGAGCACUUGUCAAUGUGCCCCGAAGCACAGACACUGGGAGUUUCCAUGGUGAACGACUUAGACGGCUAUUCCUUAGUGAGCGUGCGGCAUGUCGAGCUCGGCCUCACCAAAAGUCUGCUGCAUUACAUGCAGAAAUGUAUGCCCAUUCUAACAAGCGAAGUUCACAAUGUCAGGGAGCCCGCAGCCUUUGAGGCAGCGUUCAUGCUAGUGAAACCAUUCCUGGAGGAGGAAAAUGUCAAAAAGGCCCGCUUCCACGGGAAGCACUUGGAGAAUCUUCAGGACGAUAUUCCUGCGGGCGCUCUUCCGAAGGAGUUUGGAGGCACGGCUCCCGACACCGACUGGAACGCGUUCUGGAAGAACGUAUGUCUGGAUAUCGAGGUGGACAGACUUUAGCUGGUGCGUCAAGCUCGAGAUUGGCACCACGGGUUCUCGGGCUGCGUGCGAAACACUUGGCACCCCCUGGUGGAAGAAUAUAGGAGUUCACCUUCGUUUUGUGUUAAUCGCCAGUUCAUACUUUCGAAUACGUUUACUCUGCAUGGUGUACGUGUGUGUGAGCAUAUGCGUGUAUCUAAAGCGAGCAUUGUGCAUCUAAACGUGAUCAGGCCCAUCGCGCCCUACUAACCUUUAUAGAACGAACUAACUUAGGUUCACGUUUGUAGCAUGAACAUUGAACAUUCUACUGUGUGUGAUCAGUACUGUACCCUAACGCUUCUUCCUUCGAAGAUGGGAGGUGGCGAGUUCAACCACCUUGCAGUGUAUAUUGUGAACCCACUAGCGGUUCACAGCAGCUUUACUUGGCGUCUCAUCGUGGAGAACACAAUUAGCCGCAUAGCGAACUAGCCAUGGAUGCGGUUGAUAAUUGUGGAGGCUGUUCGACGCGGCGUCACUUUAAUUUUGGCUGCAGAGUUCUACUUUAGUCUUUAGAUUUGUCCGGUUGCAGUGUCCUGUUGCUCUCCUUUCCUCUUUCCUUUUUCCUCCCCUCCUUCCUAUCUUCUAUUUCUGUGUUGCUGUCACCUCCCUUCAGAAGAGUAGGCAGGCGUUGUGCCCCUUGCGGUGGCAGUUGCCAGCCUGCUCCUCGCUUUCCCUUUCCUAAUACCUCUGUAUAUGUGUAUAUGUGUUCAAAACAAAUAAUAAUAAUAUGCGACUUUUCUGCCUCUCCUAUUUGAUUGUCCCGUGAUGUUAUCAGAGAAUCCAAGUUUCCGGCUCAUGGCUUGAAUCAUAAGUAAUAUGGAGCGUCAUAAGGUGAGCGCGAACGGCGUGGUAUUGGUUUAUGGGUGCAAUCCAUUCGGAGUUGCCGCAAGACCUGAGGUAAAACAAAGCGUACAAUUAGAGCCGAGUAUAUUCGAAUGUGCUGUCUUAUCUUGAAAGCUGCAUUCUGGCUGCCGGAAUGUUUCACAUUUAAUAAAUAAGCAGUAGUACUUGUGUUUACUUAGGCAACUGCAUACAUGUUUAUAUUCUGUGGGUUCCUUGUGUUAAUGCUGACUGGCGGUCUUAAGGAUAUA